AUUGUUUCUCCCUCCCUCAUACAACUCCGACAUUGUGCUGCUUGGUGUCGCGCGCAAUUUUAAAUUUCAACAUUAUUUGCAGACAGCGCUGCAAAGGUUUUACACCACAACCAGUGACGAUAUUAUGACCCCAGCCUAAAUACUCCCCGCCGACAUUUAAAUUCCAUUCGAUCGCUAUUCCAGUACAACCAUAUCUGUCCUAUACAACACCAUGGUAAACUGGCUCAGUCUUGCCGUGCCGUUCGCCUACCUAGGCGUCCUGAUCGGCUCCCUGGCAACGUUCUCCUCAUUAUACCGCAAACGCAAAGCCCAAAAGGCAUUCUCUCUAGAAGCAUGGUUCCCUGCUCAUCUCCAACGAGAUAUCUACUUCUCCCUUCUUCACAUUGACCCGCCUGCGACCUCUUCCAAGGAGAAGAAGGCGCCCGCUGUACCCGAGUCGGUGCUUAAGGCUGCGCUCUUAAGACGUGCAGAGGAAGAUAUUAAACGGGUUUUGGCCCUGCGCAGUCAGAAACAAGCUUUAGCUGUGCUGCUUCAGCGUGGUAGUGUGGGUGAUGAUUUGUGGCAACGGUUCCAGAGGGCGGAGAAGGAGAUGGAGGAUGAGGUUCGCGAUGUUGUCUCUGAGGCCAACGCAUAUGUACCUGGUUGGGGCCAAACGAUUUUCCAAUCUGCCAAUGAAAUGAUGAACAACACCCUCUACCGCGAGCGCAUCGCAGAGCAGCAGGCCAAGUUGGAUGAGGAGCGACAAUGGUGGGAAAAGAAGAGAGCCAGCAUCAAGGAAGGAUUCAUGAAGGAAUUGGACGCCGAGGACUCUACUUCCACCGCACCUUCACAAAAUACCGAAGCUCCAGCUGACACGACUCCUACUACGACCAGCAACUCCACCCCUGCAACAAAGACCCCCGAGUCAUCUGGUGCACCGUCCUCAGUAACUGGAAGCGAUGACGAUGCUGUUUUGGUCGAGGCUGAUGAUCAGCCUGGGAGUCCGGCGUCCCCAGGCAAGAAGAAGAAGAAGGGCAAGAAAUAAUGGUUUCACGUUCGGGUGUUUUCGUCGCGUCCGUUUCUUUCAUGCAUUAAAAGAUACUCUUACAUCUUCUAUAUCAUACGCAUCUGUAUUUUGUGUGCUCAAUAUAACUUGAUGUUAGAAGAGAGACAAUAACGGUGCUUCUUGGCUGGUUACAUUUGUGUGUACGAUACUUCUCGCUUCUUGGUAAGAAAGUGGUUUGAGGGUUAAUAUACCCUGGGCGAAACAACUGGUCACCAUAACAU